GCUCCUUGGAGUUGGCCGUACUGAAGAGCACCGAUGCCAGUCGAGUUGCGAGCUUCGGCCGCGAAGCUCGGCCCCAGCAGCGGCACGCUUACUUCUCUCGCAGGUGCGACAGUCCGCGUUCAUGCCUCGACCCGUGGAAAUCGCGCGUUCACCCCGAUGGAUCGUGCCAAGAGAGAGAACGACACGCACUCCAAGCCGACACUCUACGGCAACAAGCGGCUACUGGAGCUGGAUCUGGACUACUUGGAAAGGAGAGGAGGCGAGACAAUAACUUGUGAAAACGCCGAAAGUGGAUCGAAAGAGGAAGAAAGCCCUGCAGACACUCUGGAUCGUGUCAAAGUUGUGUUUCUCGGUGCACCUAGGGUGGGAAAGUCCAGCAUAAUCAGGCAAUUUGUGUGGAGCGAAUUCUGCGAGGAGUACAAGCCGACCGAGCGUAGGGAGACUUUCUAUCCGAGCGUGGUGCUCGCCGAUCGAUUGUACGAACUAAAAAUUACGGAUCUACCGAUGAUCCCGUAUUUUCCGGUCAGCUCGCACCUCGAAUGGACGGACUUCCGUUAUUACGGGCUACGAAGUGCGAACGCCUACGUUCUCGUGUUCGAUCUCAGCAAUCAGGACACGUUUCAGAUAAACUUGCCAUUUGUUUAUUGGUUUUGCUCUAUGAUCAUUCCAGGAUCAAAAAGGAAAUUGCCUUUUUUUUAUCUGAUGUUUGUUUUCUUCAAGUUCAAGGAGAGUUUGCAUUUAAUAAUAAUAAUUUUCAAUCUUCAAAUUUUUAUGUCGAGACACUCUUGAUCAGGUACAUCUGA